AUGCCUCAAAUAACUACACCUUCAAGACAACUAUUUCCAGUUUUAGGUUCGAGAGUUGUAUCUUCAAGACAAUUAUCACCGACUUUAGAAAUACUAUUAACUUCAGAUUCAAAUUUUUCCAACAAUACACUUGGUCAAUUCAAUUCUAAUAUAAUUGCUGCUCUAUCUCCAUUUAAUGAAAUGUUAAUUUAUCAAACUUGUUUGUGGUUAUGUAUGAAUCCUAACAUUCUACAGCUUGCGAACAAUAUGAACUUAUCAAUGCAAACACCAGCUGCAGAUGGCUCGCAAUUUAUGUCUCCUAACUCUACGACGUUAACUAUGGCGCCAAAUCAAGAUGACAAAUUGAAUGCCACAAAUAUGGAUGAAUUACAUGCUCAUAAUUCAAUAUAUCAUUUAUGUAAGUUUGUCCAAAGUGCAUUUGCAGUUAAUUAUGCUUCAAGAGAUACUGAAGGGACAAAAGCAUUGGACAAGUUAAUAAAAAGUAUUGCUGUUCCAUCACGAAAUGGCAAAAAUUUCACCAGUAAUAUCAAACUGUAA